UGACUAAGUGACGCCGAGGUGUUACGUCCCACUUGGCGUUCUAGUAGGACGUAUUACUUUGAUAUGUACUAAGAUAUUUUUAACUAUAUGAGUAAUAAUUAAUCAUUUUGUGGUACUGUCUUUCAAAAUUUACAUGCUACGGCGAGCUGAACAUCACUCUCCUUGAACUAGAUUCAGAGAAAUGAUGUGGAUCCUGAGCGAUAGCUCCAAAUAAACGACUGAAUCUCUUGUCAUCGUUUGUUAUUUCCUUUUCCCCCCAGAAUAUCUCAAAAUGGCGUUUGACUGUGGCGUUUUUCAAAAGUUGAAGAAGACUCGCCAGGUACAGGAACCCACUAAACUCCCCGAAGACGUCAUAGAGCCGACCAACAAGGAAAACAGGGUGGCCAAUUUCUGUCGAAGUCCUGACUGGAAGGAGUUUGAAGGGGCAUUCGCUUCAGAAUUUCUGAAAGAUUCCUCGAAGUCAGCCCGCUUCUUGACUGAGGUUGUUAAUAUUCUGAUUAGCUACGUCUCCACGGAGAGAGACCGGGGCGCCAAGAUACUCGACUUCCAUCACCCGCACCAGCUGCGCGAGAUCAUGGACCACUGUCUCGUCAUCCACGAGAAUCCACGAGACUUGGAACAGAUACUGAGCGACUGUAAAGAAACUCUCAAGUACUGUGUUAAGACAGGCCAUCCAAGAUUCCUAAAUCAGCUUUCUACAGGGAUUGACAUCAUAGGCAUGGCGGGCGAGUGGUUAUCAGCGGCAUCUAACACAAACAUGUUCACGUACGAAGUUGCUCCAGUAUUCACUUUGAUGGAAGAUGUCAUUUUACAGCGCAUGCGUCAGUUCGUUGGGUGGGACGAUGGUGAUGGAAUAUUUGCUCCAGGCGGCGCUAUAUCGAACUUGUACGGCGUGUUACUCGCUAGACACAGACUCUUUCCAAAAGCUAAGACGGAAGGGAUGACGGGAAUGCCCCAAAGUGUCAUGUUCGUUUCUGAGCAGGGACAUUACUCUAUUCGACGCGCUGCCUGUCUUCUAGGCAUAGGUUCUGACAACGUUCUGUACGUCAAGUGUGAUAAAAGAGGCAAAAUGUCUUUAGAUGAUUUGAAGCAUAAGAUCCAAAACGCAAAGGACCAUGGGAAGAUACCAAUGCUCGUGAGCAUCACGUGCGGCACGACGAUUUUGGCGGCAUAUGACCCAGUAGAAGCUGUGGCUGAUAUAUGUGACGAACAUGGAAUUUGGCUUCAUGUCGACGCGGCAUGGGGCGGGACCGUGCUUCUGUCACGUGAACACCGUCAUCUACUGCGAGGUAUCCACAGAGCUGAUUCGGUUACAUGGAACCCGCACAAGAUGAUGGGUGUACCUCUACAAUGCUCCGCUAUCCUCACUAAACAUAAAGGUCUUCUGCUGUCUGCUAACCAGUCGAAAGCCGAGUACCUGUUCCAACAAGACAAGAACUACGACAUCUCCUACGACACCGGCGACAAGACGAUCCAGUGUGGACGUCACAACGACAUCUUCAAACUCUGGCUCAUGUGGAGGUCAAAGGGCGACAAAGGAUUUGAAGCUCAAGUGAAUCACAACUUUGAGUUAGCACACUACCUCCGCGAUAGAGUGAAAGAGAGGGAGGCCUUCCAUCUCGUUCUGGAAGAGAUUGAGGGACCUAACGUCUGUCUCUGGUACAUACUUCCAAAAUGGCGACAGAUGAGUCGAGAGGAUAUCCCGGAUGAGGAACUAAAUAAGGUUGCGCCAGCUAUAAAAGCCCGGAUGAUGGAAUCCGGCACUAUGAUGGUUCAGUACCAACCUCUUGGCAAACUGCCAAACUUCUUCAGGGUUGCCAUAUCAAACCCCGCGUUAACCACGCGAGAUCUCGACUUCUUGCUGGACGAGAUUGAGUGUCUUGGGCGGGAAAUUCAAAUCUGAAAUCUGCUGAUUCGGCAUAUUAUUUGACGUCAGACAUUAGGAUUAAAAAAGUGACAGCAGUUGUCCACAACGUUUAUUAAUAAGUAAAAGUGUCAGUUUAAAUAAUACAAUCUAUACCUUAGAAUAGGUCAACUGGGUACACGAGCGUUAUGUAUUUGUAGUUUGAAUAAAAGUUGAUGUUAUUAUCUGUUAUUUUAACACCUAUGUUUUACGCAUAUUCAUAACAUUAUAAUUAUUAUUAUUAUUAGUUCCCAAGCCUUUGACGUGUACAUAUUGCUUUUGCUAUGAUUAUUAUUAUUAUAUUAUUAUUAUUAUUAUUGUCGCAUCUGUUGUAUAAUUAAGGAUUGUCUGUUGUUUCUUUUAUGUUCAUCGGGGU